AUGUCAGAACCGGAACAACAACCAUUAGUGACGACAAGAGAAGAAUUAAUCCAGCGUCAUAAAAAGGAAUCCAAGGAUUUAAUAGCGACGAUAACUGGAUUGAAAAAGCAAGCCACCAAGAAAACUCGAAAAAGUGUUCUUAACAAAUGUCAAGAAUUACAAGAUAAUUUGGAUCAGAAACAUAGACAAGAAUUAAAAGAAUUUGAUAAUCCUCAUGGAGAUCAAAACGAAGAAGAUGGAGAAGAAAUAACGCCUGAACAAUUGCUUGCACAAUUAUCCCUCGACAAGGAAUCAUCGACUAUAGAGAACAGCAAUAGUGGGAGUAUAGGUGGUGGCGGUGAUAGCGACAGCUCAAAACCACGAAAGAAAAGAAAUCGACAACGAGAAAGAUUGAAUAGACGACAGGCAGAGAUUGAUAAAAUCAAACAAGAGGCUGCUGUAGAAGCAUCCAACACCAUUGAUUAUCGACAAAUUGAAAUUGAAUCAAUGGAAAAACUAUUAUCCUUAAACAAUUUACAAUCAUUUGAAAUAAAACCUGAUGGUCAUUGUUUAUUUGCUUCAAUUCAAGAUCAAUUAAAGGUACGCCAUCAUGAGGUUGACCAUUCACAACAUAAUGGUCCUGAAAAUAUUCCUCUGAUUGACCAAUUGAGGAAAUUGGCGGGUGAUUAUAUUAAAUCAAACCAAGAUGAUUUUAUCCCAUUUUUAAUUGAUGAAAAUACUGGUGAAUUGAGAGAUCUCGACGAUUAUAUCAAUGAAUUGACGACUACAGCAACGUGGGGGUCUGAUAUGGAAAUAUUGGCUUUAAGUAAAGUGUUCAAUUGUCCAAUAAGUAUUUACAUGGCUGGGGCAUCGACUUUAACCAUUAAUGAACAUGGUCAAUUGCCAGAAUUGAAAUUAGGAUAUUAUAAACAUUCUUUCGGAUUAGGUGAGCAUUACAAUUCCUUAAGGGAUCUAUAG